AUGUUGUUCUUGUCCUGACUACUGACUGGAUACUUUUUCUUUUUUAACAGAAAUUCUCCAGCAAUGGUGUCUCUCACAAUGCUUUCUCCACUUUAUCUGGUGUUUCUGUUCAUGAUCUCAGGAGCUCUUGGGAAUAAAUGGAGUGUGACAUACAGUCAGGAACAUCUCUGUGCUUUAAAAGGAUCUACAGUGUUAAUAAACGGCUCGUACACACACCCAACAGGUCUUACAGUGAAGGAGACAUUUUGGUUCAUAAACCUAGUUCAGGGUAUAGAGCCGACUGAUCUGCGUAAUGAACCAGGUUACUCAGGCAGAGUGGAGUAUUUUGGAGAUAAACAGAAACACUUCUCCCUCAAACUGAGUGAUGUGAAGAAAACAGAUGUAAAUGUGUACUACUUCAGAGUCAUAACAAAUGUAGCUGCAGAAAGAUGGGCGGGUAUACCUGGAGUUACUCUCACUGUUACAGAUCUUCAGGUGAUCGCUCCUGCAGAAGUGAUAGAGACACAAUCAGCCGUUCUGACCUGUAAAACCACCUGCAGUCUGACUGAUCCAACAUUCAUCUGGUACAAAACCAGCCGUGAUUUAACCACAAACACCAUCAAAAGCAAUAAAGUCCGCCUGCAGUCGGUCAGCAGUGAGGAUGCAGGCAGUUAUAGCUGUGCUGUAACAGGAUAUGAACAUCUCCCCUCUCCUGCUCACACACUCAGAGUCAGAUAUUCACCAACAAAUGUCUUAGUGUCCAUCAGUCCCUCCGGUGAGAUAGUUGAGGGCAGUUCAGUGACUCUGACCUGCAGCAGUGAUGCUAACCCACCUGUGGAGAUCUACACCUGGUUUAAGGAUAUGACAUCGGUAGGAAAAGGAAAGACCUACACCAUCUCCAACAUCAGCUCUGAGGACAGUGGAGAGUACAAGUGCAAGUGCAGUAAUGAAGUCGGACAUCAGGAGUCCAGCAGUGUAACUCUGAAUGUUCUGUAUCCUCCAAAGAAUGUCUCAGUGUCCAUCAGUCCCUCUGGUGAGAUAGUGGAGGGCAGUUCAGUGACUCUGACCUGCAGCAGUGAUGCUAACCCACCUGUGGAGAACUACACCUGGUUUAAGGAUAUGAUAUCAGUGAGAAAUGAAAAGACCUACACCAUCUCCAAGAUCAGCUCUGAGGACAGUGGAGAGUACAAGUGCAAGUGCAGUAAUGGAGUCGGACAUCAGGAGUCCAGCAGUGUAACUCUGAAUGUUCUGUAUCCUCCUAAGAAUGUCUCAGUGUCCAUCAGUCCCUCUGGUGAGAUAGUGGAGGGCAGUUCAGUGACUCUGACCUGCAGCAGUGAUGCUAACCCACCUGUGGAGAUCUACACCUGGUUUAAGGAGAUGACAUCAGUAGGAAAAGGAAAGACCUACACCAUCUCCAACAUCAGCUCUGAGGACAGUGGAGAGUACAAGUGCAAGUGCAGUAAUGAAGUCGGACAUCAGGAGUCCAGCAGUGUAACUCUGAAUGUUCUGUAUCCUCCUAAGAAUGUGUCAGUGUCCAUCAGUCCCUCUGGUGAGAUAGUGGAGGACAGUUCAGUGACUCUGACCUGCAGCAGUGAUGCUAACCCACCUGUGGAGAACUACACCUGGUUUAAGGUGAAUGAAUCCUCAGCUGUAGGAUCUGGACAGAGUUACAGAGCUCUACAGAGUGGACAGUACUACUGCGAGGCUCAGAAUAAACACGGCUCUGAGAGAUCAGCUGCAGUGUCCGUCACUGUAAAUGAGUCUCAGAGUGUAGGUGUGUAUGCAGGUGUUGGAGUCUUUGUGGUUCUGUGUGUUUGUUUUAUCGUCACCUUCUUUUUUAAAAGGUAAGAAAAUAUGAAAUUAGAUUAAGGUUAUAAUCAUAACGCUGGGCCGAGUGCUAAAGACGACACGUAUGCAGCUCUCGACCCCACAGCCCGGACAUCUGAUGAUGUGUAUCACACACUUACAAGAUGAAAACUCAACGAAGACUCAGGAGGAGGUGCCGAGGCCCAUCGAGGGAAACUGCAGCAGAGGCCCCUCAACCGGACAUUGCUGUAGCACGUGCGGAGAAAGAAGCGUGGCAUCUGCAAGGCUGUGGUUACCAGCAACGUUCUUCACACCUAAGAUGAACUGUAAAGUGUCACGUCUGCUACUUAUGUACAUCGUGUUCUAGUUUGGCAGGAAGCCAGCCCUAAGAUAAAAAUAUGUAUUCUGUUGUGUGCGUUAGGUCAAGUUAAAUAUAAGCAAUAUAAGCUUAGCUUUGUUUGCCAGUAUUUACCUUAUAAGGUCAAGGCCUGCUAAUUGGUUAGGAGCAUGCUGUUAGAGCAUGAGUCACAGGACGAGGUAUAAGAGAGUUCUGUUGUAAUCCUAAUUGGUUCUUUGGUUAUUGGGCAGUGUUAGCAUGCAAAGUUCACAAGACUUUGUGUUCUUUUAUUUUCCAUUGAACCCUUUGCUUAGUAUUAACUAAUGUAUUCACCAUAAAUCUACCUCAUUUUAUUUGCUUUAAGUUG